CCCAGAUGAAGUAGCAUGGCUUAGAGUCACUAUACCAGACCCUGACCUACACAAAGUUAAUGCAUACAUUGGCUGUCUAGGUUGUGGAAAGCAAACACACUUUCCUGUGGGAACUACCUUUCCUUGCAUCUCUUGCAAAAAAGGAGAAACUACUGCUGGUUACAGAGUGACUUUCAAGUUCGACGCUGCUGAUGAAAGUGGCACAAUGUCGUUUACAGCAUUUAAUGAUGACACAGAAAGGCUUUUCCGAAAAAAAGCAAAUGACAUUUGGAAUAUUAAAAGCACUGGAAAUUUGGAAGCUUUUACAGUGGUGCAGAAAAUGCUUUCCACUAAGCCAUUCUUCGUCCAAGUAACUCCUACAUAGGAGUUAGCCAUGAAUAACGUAUUGCUUUGGACUCUAAAAAGUAUUGAUGUAGGGGAUGAUGAACCAAGUACUCAGAUCCCAGCUUCAUUGGUGCCUAUGACUUGCACUACCAACACAGAGCAGCAUUAUGCUUCAUCUUAUGCGCCCACAGCUAAGGCCCAUGGAAAAGCACCUAUUGUGUCUGAACCAGAUUUCAAUGCUGAUUUCAACUCAAACAGUGCAACAACAUUUGAUGAAGCUUUUGCUGAAGCAAUGCAAUUUCAGGAGAUCAGAAUGACUUCACAAGCAUUUGAUACAGAUUGUUUUGAUAUUCCAGAUCAGCCACCAAGCAAGGGCAUUGUCAUUUCAGAAUCACCAGAACCAGCUGCUGAGCUACCUACCUGGGCCAAACUUUCUCGCCCACGAAGCAAUGCGAAGAAUCAAAAAACAAUCAGUGAAGAUGUGGACAUGGAAACGGAAGAUGAAGACCAUGUUCCUAGGAAGAAACUCCGUACAGCUCUUUUCAAGGACAAUGCUGGAAAAGAUAUUGCCGAGAACAAGGAUUCUGCUACCUCCAACCUCAAUGAUGCAUAAUGAAAGCAAAUUAUAGUUCAUGGAAAUGCAGCAGCUUUUGCCAUUAAGUUGUAGUUCUUAAGUAUCAAAGUUAGACAAGGAGUCAGCUUCUUUUGGGUGUUUAGAAGGAACAUUUUGCUCACCUUGUGUUCCCUAUAAACAUCAUUUAUGUAUAUAGUAAUGCAGUAAUGUAGUAAGACAUGUUAUGAAAUAAGUGUAAGCUUUUGGGAAUACUACUUUAAGUCAGUAUGUAUCAGCUGUAGUGUGGAUGUUUAUGGUAUCAGCUUGAACAUUAUAAUAUGGCAGUAUUGUAUAUAUUAAUAUCCUUAAAUUAUGAUAUCUAUUUAUAAUAUAAGAAAAAGUUAUUUAAUUUUCCUGAUUUCUUACUUACUUGACUAUGCAACUUAUUCUUUACAAUUUCCUUCUUCACUUAGAUAAAAAAACCAAUAAAACUCAGUAUCUGACAUUUAUAUUCCAAACCUGAGAAAUACAUUUAUGUAUCGAUAAAUAUUAUCCGCACUUGCACCAGAUAUUUCUCAACAGAG